UGGGAAAGCACGUUUGACGCACAUGUGGCCAUCUGAUCUUCUUGCUCCGCAAGACCAGAAGAAAAACGGUUGAACUUUAUCGGCCGCAGUUGUUUAAAUAGUCAAAGAGAGGAUUUGCCAUAUUUAAAAGGCUAAAAUGAAACCAGGAUUCAGCCCAAGAGGGGGAGGCAGAGGAGGAUUUGGUGGAGACCGAGGCGGAAGGGGAGGGUUUGGAGGAGACAGAGGUGGAAGGGGAGGAUUUAGAGGAGGCAGAGGUGGUGGUGGAGGGUUCAGAUCCCCUGGUGGUGAAGGUGGGUUCCGUGGGCGAGGUGGCCGUGGCAUGCCGAGGGGUCGUGGAGGACGAGGUGGCGGAGGCUUCAGAGGGGGCAUUCGAGUGACAGUAGAGCCCCACAGACAUGAAGGUGUGUUCAUCUGUCGCGGUAAAGAGGAUGCUUUGGUUACCAAGAACAUGGUGAUUGGGGAGUCUGUGUAUGGAGAGAAAAGAAUCAGUGUUGAGGAAGGGGAAACGAAGAUUGAGUACAGAGCAUGGAAUCCUUUCCGGUCGAAGCUGGCUGCAGCUAUAUUAGGAGGUAUAGACCAGAUCCACAUCAAACCUGGAGCAAAGGUCAUGUACCUCGGAGCUGCAUCAGGAACUACUGUAUCCCACGUUUCUGAUAUUGUUGGACCGGAUGGAUUGGUGUAUGCUGUAGAAUUCUCCCACAGAUCAGGCAGAGACUUGUUAAAUGUGGCCAAAAAGAGAACCAACAUUAUUCCCAUCAUUGAAGAUGCAAGACACCCACACAAGUACCGCAUGCUUGUUGGUAUGGUGGAUGUCAUCUUUGCUGAUGUUGCUCAGCCUGACCAAACAAGAAUCGUUGCCCUCAAUGCACACAACUUCUUGAAGAAUGGAGGCCAUUUUGUCAUUUCCAUCAAAGCAAACUGCAUUGAUUCUACAGCUGCUCCAGAGGCAGUGUUUGCUUCAGAGGUUAAGAAGAUGAGCUCAGAGAACAUGAAGCCUCAGGAACAGUUGACACUCGAGCCAUAUGAGAGAGAUCAUGCGGUUGUUGUAGGAAUCUACAGACCUCCACCAAAACAGAAGAAAUGAGGGGUCAUGCUGAAAAUCUUCCAUUAUUCUUCACGUCCUCCUUUAUUCAACUUCUGCCACUAGGUGGCGCCACCAUUUGGAGACGCAACAACACAAACUCUAUGUAAAUGACCCAUUGAAUUGUUUCGGCUGGAAAAGCCACCAGCUGUAUUGGAUUGAUACAAGAGCAAUUAUGAAGAGCAGCUCUGCUACCAGCUUUUUCUUUUUUGUUUGAAAGUCCUCUGUCAAUAUACUGUACUGAGAGGGGAAUAUUGUUUUUGGCCUUCAACAAUUGAAUACUAGAUGUGUUAUGCUAAUUAAAUUGAAAAAUGUUCUUAAUGUUAAGCAACUCAAAACUAUGAAGCCUAGAAUAUGUAAGCGGUUUACUUUCAAGUCUAGGUGUUAAGUAAAACAUGACAUUUUGUAAUGGUUAAUGUUGAACAAGUUAUGAUUUGUGGCUUCCCCAAAUGUUAAUCAGACAAAAGGUUCUUAUUGCAUUGUAAGAAUACUGUUUGUCAAAUGAAAAUGUAAUUUGUGGAAAUUUACGUUUGUUGCCGUUUUGUUUGAGUAUUUUAUAGUAAACAUUUUAAACGAC